UCCUCAUGACUGCUGCUGUCAGAGCUGCACGAGAGCAGGCCUGUCGUCCACGAGGAGGCGAAAAACAACAGCAGCACCCCGCGAAAACACCUCUGCACAGAUGGAGUCCACAGAAAUGUACCACAGCGUUGACAGCAGUCGUUGAUAACGGUCGUAAAUAACCCCCUCCCCUCCUCUCCUCUACCCCCUCGACACUCCUGUAAAAUGCCCAACCAGAAGAGCAACAAGGGAAAGAAAAGCAAACGCACUAACAGUAGCGGAGAUGAGCAGGAAAAUGGAGCCUGUGCGGCCGCAACAGGAGGAGCAGCCGCGGCCGCUGCACCCAGAAACGAGCGCUCGAAUGAGGUCCAGUGUGCGACCCCUCUCGGCUGCAGCCUGGCCCGCCCCAUCGACCUGGAGAAGGACGACUACCAGCGGGUCCUGUGCAACAACGAGCUCUGUCCUUACGGUAACUGGAUGCACCUGCAGUGCUUCUACGAGUGGGAGAGCUCCAUCCUGGUCCAGUUCAACUGCAUCGGCCGGGCCCGCUCCUGGAACGAGAAGCAGUGCCGCCAGAACAUGUGGACCAAGAAGGGCUACGACCUGGCCUUCAGGUUCUGCUCCUGCCGCUGCGGCCAGGGUCACCUGAAGAAAGACACCGACUGGUACCAGGUGAAGCGCAUGCAGGAUGAGAGGAAGAAGAAGCCGUCUGAGAGGAGCGCGGGGAGGAUGGCGGCCGGCGGAGGGGCUUCGGGGCCCGGGGAUGGAUUUUUUGAGGAGCCCAAGAAAAGCAAACCGAAUUCAGGAGGAGGUAAAGUAGCUCACAGAGCGUCCAGUCAGGAGCUACCUCGCAGACAAUCAAUGGACCGUCAGAACUCUAUAGAGAGAGGAGCAGUAGGAGGUUUAGGAGGAGGACAUGUGACAGGUGGUGCUUUUCCUAUGGGACCUCCUCAGAAGUCUCCAUGCGACUCCCCGGGUCAGUCUCCUCCGACUGGCUUCUCCUCUCCUACUGCUAUCCUCGCAGCAGCGGCAGCAGCAGGAGGAGGAGCGGCGGGGUUUCGGGGUUCCCGUCAACUGGGAGAGUUCCUCAAAUCAGCUGUUCACAUGGACGCACAGAGGAAGCACCUUUUAGUCGGGGGGGCCCUCGGGAGGAGCGGGGGGUGCUCCAUGGGAGUGUCCGGCGGAGGGCCAGACGGUCCCCAUCUCGGCCCAGGGUCUGUUAUCCCUCUGCCUCUAUCCUUCGCCCUCCCGCUUCAUCACCGGCUCACCUCAGGCAGUGUGGGUGACGGCGGCCACCCUCACCCGGUGCAGUUCCUGAGGAGGCUGGACCUCUCGGAGCUGCUCACACACAUCCCUCGCCAUAAACUCAACACCUACCACGUCCGCAUGGAGGAUGACGCCCAGGCAGGCCAGGGGGAAGAGCUGCGCAGAUUCAUCCUGUCUGCCCUCAGCGCCAGCCAGAGGAACGUGGUCAACUGUGCUCUGUGCCACCGGGCGCUGCCUGUGUUUGAGCAGUUUCCUCUAGUGGACGGGACCCUGUUUCUCAGCCCGUCACGCCACGACGAGAUCGAGUACGACGUCCCCUGCCACCUGCAAGGCAGGUUAAUGCACCUCUACGCCAUCUGUGUGGACUGUCUAGAAGGCGUCCACAAGAUCGUCUGCAUCAAGUGCAAGUCGCGAUGGGACGGGAGCUGGCACCAACUGGGCACCAUGUAUACCUACGAUAUACUGGCCGCUACACCGUGCUGCCAGGCUCGUCUCAACUGUAAGCACUGUGGGAAGCCGGUGGUGGACGUCCGGGUGGGGAUGCAGUAUUUCUCCGAGUACAGCAACGUCCAGCAGUGCCCUCACUGCGGCAACCUGGACUAUCACUUUGUUAAACCCUUCUCCUCCUACAAAGUACUUGAGGCUUAUUGACAAAUGUUGUCCGCGCAUGCUAGUUAAGCUGCUUUUAUUCUUUUUUUUCUAACACAAUCUAGGAAAGAUUUUAUUUUUUUGGGCCUUAAGGUGGUUUUUAAGUUCUCUCUUCUUCGGUUUCUUUUGUAUGUAUAGAAAAAAGUAUGAUUAUAGUUUAAAAACAAAAACAAAAAUAAAGAAAAGUUCCGAGAAAGUAUCUCUGCUGUUGCAGGAAAGUGUUGAUAAAAAUGUGGAGCUGACCUGCAGUCAAGCAAACACAUUUAUCUGUGACAAGUGAAUGUAUCUGUAUGCCAAAUUUGUUUUUAUUUUUUACCAAAAAAAAGAAUCUUGAAUAAAGCAGAGAGAGACAUGUUGGUGUUGGUUUGAUGUCUGAAACAUUUUCUCCAUCAAGGAAAGCAGAGCGUUGUUAUAAAAACCUUUGUUAAAAAUGAGCAUUACAGGUGAACUGACCGCCUCAUCCACAGUAUUCUCACAGUUUUGCGUUAAUAAUACAUCAGCAACCUGAUAAUCUGCAUCAUCGUUACAUCAAAUCCACAUUUCUUACAUCUUCACAUUUACUUGUCAGUGCUUUGUGUGUGUUUGUGUGUGCUUUAACAUAUUUUGGGUCCAAAAUGUGGGGGGCUCACCUCCCAUCUUGGGACACACAUCUGGUCUCCAUCUUUCUCCCAUUUAUAGACAACUAACAAAUUAAAGGAACAUGUCUACAGCUAUGGUAGCAGCUCGGUGAUGCUACUGGUACUCGGGCAAUGCUGUACAUCAAGCUAAAUGCUAAUGUCAGCAUGCUAGCACACUCACAAUGACAAUAUAAACAUACUGUUGUUUAGUAGGUAUAAUGUUUACACCAAGUU